GGAUUUGUGUGCAUCAAGAUCGGAAUAGGAUGUCGAGGCGAGCGAACUGUCCCGAGGAGGAGCGGCCUGUGGAACAGCCGAAGCGAGUGGACGGUGACAGACGUGACGAGCGAGGGCCUCUUGUCUCGGUGAGGUCAAGUUUAGGGAGCAGUAAAUGGUUCGCUCGACGAAGGGUUAUGGCGAACCGUAAAGUAAUUGAGGAUUCGUACGUUAGAUCCUUGUUAAUGCGCAACCUGUGCUCCUCGUCAUCCGACGAGGACGAUUUAACGACGUUGGCGAUCGUUGAUGAUUGCGAGGCAACGCGAUGCAAAAAUGAUAUCGCUCGCUUGUCCUCGUCGUCCGAUGAAGAGAAAAUGACCGUUCGUUGCCGAGAUCUCUCCAGGAACAACCGUCUGUCACCGACAUCGGACAAUUCCAAUUUCAGGACUCAACCCGUCGAGCAGGCGACAGGUCAGGAUACCUCGUUACGUCGCGACAGUAAUCCCUUUAGUUUCAAGGCCUUUCUGAAGAAUGGCACACAGCAAACUAACUAUCAUAAUACUGGGGCACGUCCCAAAGUCUACUCAUCCCCCACGUCAAGUCCUGGCAGCGUUUUUGAUAAAGAUAGUGCCAGUAGUAGUGGCGUUUAUUCAGGCCGAAAUCCAACGGAACUGCCGGAUUUUGUACAGGAUCAUCUGGUCAUCGAACAAUGUUAUUUGAAUCAUGAAACUGAUCAGCCGGUAUUGCCCGAUGUAGAUAAUCUACCAGAUUUUGCGUUGAACAGCAUGGAACAUAGGCAAUCCCGACUACGAAACGAGACUAAGAAGAAUGACCCUGAAAUCUUUGGCGACGACUUACGAUCGUUCGAUCUCACCGAGACGCUGCACAAAGGCUCGACACAUAGAGACCAUUCUGCAUCGAAUGCGUCGAUGCAUUCGAAUCACUUUGACUUGCCUGUGUUUGAGGAUAGGCUCGACGAAAAUACACCCUAUCUUCCUCGUCCUGAACACAGAGAGUUUCCAUUUGACUUACCACUACCCUUUGCCGAAUCUAAUCCCAAUGUGAAUGCGAUCACACGAGACGGUAAUCUGCCAGGAAGUGAAACGAGUGUUCACAAAUCUUUGCCAGACUUUUUAAGUGACGGACCCAUAUAUAAUAGAUCUGCAGACUCGGAACCUACCGGCGCGAGUAUGAUAGAAUCUACAGAAAGAAGGCUUCUACUCGAAAAUGAAAGGUUACAUCAGCAAUUAGAGACAGCUCGAAGGCAAAUAAGUGAAAAGACUGAAAGAAUUCGUUCAUUGGAAGCGGAACUGCUGUCCAAGAGAGAAGUUGAACACGAGGAAACAGCGCACUUGGAAAAAGCCAUGGAACAAGUCGAGGAUAACUUAAAACGAAGUACAAAGCGAGCAGUUAAUGCUGAAAGCACUGUCACAUCACUGAAAAAAAAGAUUAAAGCUUUAACAACAGAAAUAUCUUUACUACGAUUGGAAAACGAUCAACUUCGAGCUAGAACUUCGACUACUGGACAAGGCGAGUCAAAUACUGGUGCCGCUAAUACGAAUCGCACUGUAAGAAGGCUCGCCCAUGAUUUAUUCACGGCUGCAUCGUCGGCCGAAGUGUCUCUUAGACAAUUAAUGUCCGGUGUGGAUAAUCUGAGAGUUCUUGCAUCAACCCUCGAAAAUAUGAAUAAAAUAGAAGACUGGACCAAAGACUUUUUACCUGAUUCCGACGAGGACAAUGCCGCUGGCCCCGCAGUAUAACUCUUUUUUCUCUCUCUUUCUAUAUAUACAUAUAUCCCAUUUUAUCACUUUUUCAUAUACUCCAUCAAUUGUAAUAAUUUUGCUGUGCAUCUACUAAUAGUUAAUCCUUAUGCUACAGGUUUAACAUAAUACAUCGUGCAGCAAACGUUGCAGACGCAACGAAACGUAUUACUCAUCAUUCGAUUGUUUAUUGUUAUCUAUGUACGUUCAACGCAAACUUUUAAAUUACCAUCUUUGUUGCUGUCGUCCAUACGAAUAUUCUAAUGCAAGAUCACUUUUGAUCCAAAUGUAUAAAUAUACAUUAUUUAUGAAAUAUUUGUCAUAUUUUUUUAUAUUUCUGUAUGUAAUAGUUUGUACAAAAAUCUCUAUUCACUCGACAUCAUGACGAUGCAAAGAUGCAGAUGACGUUAUUAUCGGCAACUUUUCUUGUGAUUAAAGAAAUAUAUAUUUUUUUAGUUAUAUAUUGUACGUAAAUACAAAAAAGUGAAUUUUAAAGAUACUCGAAAUAUCACGUGAUAUUAUCAAAAGCUAAUAGAACUAAAAGUGAUCUCUUGCAUGCAUUAUGCAAUACAGUGCAUGAUGUAAAAGCCAAAAUAUAUUUUUGACAAGUGACCCUCUUACUGUGUGUGUAUACAUGAGGCUUUAAAUAGAAAUACGAAACAUAUGUACAGUUAGUCUGAUUCCAGACCAUAAAUCUAUCGAUAAGUUACAGAUUAUGCGAUAACAUGUAUAUAUAUUGCCAGUAUGAUAUUUAUUUUUUAAUCGAUACAUGUGCAGAUACAUACGCAAAGUACGUUCGAAUGUGUGUGAAAUGUGUAUAUAUACUUUUAAUAAGUAUUAAAAAGUAUUAAAAAGUUGAAUAACAAUACACACACAUAUGUACAAUUGCAGAUAAGAAACAUUUAUGAUACUUGCUUUGUUAACUUUUUUAUUUGGCAUUUUAAAAAUAAG